ACACCACAGAGGAUAAGGAAAACCCUCUCACUUCCUGCAUUGAUUUCAAACAGUAUUUGGUCGCAUCAUGUCUGCCGCUGAAUGGAAGAAGAAGUGUGAGGCUGAGUGGAGCCUGCAUGGCGCCCCGAUGCCCGACAGCCUGGACUGGAAGUCCGUGUAUGAAGCCAGACCGCUCGGCAGAAACUUACUGAAGAACCCUGCGCCUCACGGCUUGAGCAAGGACACCCCUCCGCCUGAACCUGAACUGUCUGAAGUGCCACCUCGUGGGCCUCCGCGUUUUCAACCUGAUGGUGACUUCAGCGGCUGGACCACGAGCACGGAGGUCCUCCCCUAUGAUACCAGUGGCAUCCCAGAAGGUGUUGUGAUCUGUCAAAUGCCAACGUUCAGCUGGUUCUCCAUGGAGCAGGUUGUGGACCUGAAGGCAGAAGGACUGUGGGAAGAGCUGCUGGAUGAUUUUCAGCCUGAAAUAGUCAUCCAAGACUGGUAUGAAGAGAGUCAGCUGCAUGAGUCCAUCUACCAGCUGCAUGUGAAGUUACUGGCAGCGGACAAAAGCACAGUGAUCUCAGAGCACACCGCCAACCCCACCGAGGAACUCAGCACUUACUCCCACACGUGGAAGGAGGUGUCGCAUGUGUUCUCUGGCUAUGGACCUGGGGUGAGAUACGUCCACUUCCUGCACCGUCUGAAGAACCAGUUCUUGAAUGACUUCUUCCCCACAAUGUUCACCGGCAGCUCAGUGAUUGUCAGAGCAACCAAAACCAGCUCCUAGGCUGAAUCCUGCUGAAACCUGCAAUGCUUGCUAACACACUCAAUCAUCAUAUAAUCAAUACAUAUGUGCCUUUAGACUAAUUGUAGGUUGGGUUUUAAUGCACUUAUAGGAACUUUACAAAGUGUGCAAUCAUGAAUUUGAUUGUUUGGCUGAUUUUAAGUUGUUUUACUUUUGCACUUGUUAUAAACUUAUUUUCAAAAUAACGCUCUUGUGUGCAAUAAUAAAACACAAUUUUGUUA